AUGUCGACAGCAAACGCCUCGCUGGCCACAGCGACCACCAAUGCCACCGAUUCCGAAAAUUGGUUGUUAUAUGUGAAACACGUCACCCAGAUCGUCACGUUCUCCGCCGUGUUGCCGUCUCUUCUGCUCAUGUUCUUCGUCUUGUUCUUCUUCUGGUGCGAACCACGCCUACGCGACAGCGCCCGCCACAUCUUCUUCCUCAACCUCGUCGUUGUGGACGUCUUCUUCAUCGUCGCUGUCGGAUUGCAGGCGUUCCGUGAGCUCAACAGUGCUCACAGCAUCGCUAUCACCGAGUGCAUCAUCUUCGCCACCGUUUCCAUAAUGUGCAUCGUCAACGGCGUUGGGUGUAUCACCGUUAUGGCCGUGGAGCGCUACGUCGCCAUCUGCCACCCGCUUCGAUACCACAGCCUCAUCAACAGGGCUGCAAUUCGCAGGUGUCUGGUUGUCAUCUGGAUCAUUCCGAGCAUCUCCGUGGUCAUCGAGGCCAGUUUCUUCUUCAUGAACGACCUCUCGUUAUUCUCCACCGUGUCGAACUGCAACAAUAUGUACCUGGGAAAACUCUUCGGAAACGCUUACACAUUCAUCUGCUUGCGGCUCACCGAGUCAGGGGUGCUGCUCAUCGUCGCCGGCGCCAUCACCAUCGCAAGCUACGUGCGGGUGAUCCGCGCUGCCAAGAACGCCUCGGUGCAGCAGUCGAAUUUCGUUAAGGCCCGCAAGACCAUCCAGCUCCACGCGCUGCAGCUGAUUCUCUACCUGAGCACCUUUUUGGCCAUUCCCAUCUACGAAAUCUGGGACGGCUCAGAUGAGAGCAUGCAAUAUGCAAUCGGUCAAACGAGCAUGUACGUGGUUAUGUUUGUCAUUCCCAGGUUUCUGGGCUCUUUUAUCUACGGACUCAGAGAUGAUCAGUGUAGACAGUUCCUGAGGAAGGGCUUGCAAAAGAGCCUCGGGGAGGGUCCCAGGGGGUUCAAGCUCACCCCUGGUCCGCUACACCCCGGCUCUGACCAGAGCCUCGGGGAGGGUCCCAGGGGGUUUGAGCUCACCUCUGGUCCGCUACAACCCGGCUCUGACCAGAACCUCGGGGAGGGUCCCAGGGGGUUCAAGCUCACCUCUGGUCCGCUACACCCCGGCUCUGACCAGAGCCUCGGGGAGGGUCCCAGGGGGUUCAAGCUCACCUCUGGUCCGCUACACCCCGGCUCUGACCAGAGCCUCGGGGAGGGUCCCAGGGGGUUUGAGCUCACCUCUGGUCCGCUACAACCCGGCUCUAACGAGAGCUUCAGAUGUCUUCAAGAUUGA